ACGGCGCCGUACGCGGCAGCUUAAAUACUCAUCGAAUGUGAAAGAUGUUCAGCACACGGAAGAGGAGAUGGCGAAGCGCGUGGAGGAGCUGGCCCUCACAGCGAAGCUCGUGAAGGCACACCGUAUGAGAGCGAACGAGCAUGUGCGCGCCCGCAACCCGUUUCUUGUGUACGAGGACCGCAAGUGUGUCCCCUUGAGUGAGAUACCGCUUGCCGGCGACGUCAUGUACCAGGGCUUGUUUCGGGAGCAUCUGGCUGCGCUGACAGACGCUGAGACAAAUGCGGCGCAAAUAGCGGGGCUGGAAGGCGCGCUUCGGUCGCGUGCAGAUGAGCUGGCGCUGGGCGAGUGCGAGAAGGAGUUGCAGUUGGCAAUGUACCCAUUUCUUGCAACCCACGAUGUCCCUGGCUGGUCCGACGCGCUACUGCGUGACGUGGAGUUUCAGCAGCUGCGUAACCGUUACGACGAACUGAGCAAAGACCCGCAGGGGAACGCUGAGGCACUCCGCGAGCUGGAGGAUGCAAUGGAUGCUCGAGGUAGAGCCGUGGCGGAGGCGUUGCACGCAGCUGAGGCGAGUGAGGCAGCCGAGCAGGCGAGGCUGCAAACGUUAUUUCCAUUGCGUUUGGAGGUUCCUGUUACUGUGGAGGCUGAUAAUGGGUUGUCGAGACUGUUGCGCCGUAGAUCAUCUAUGUUGGGUGCCGCCUCAGAUGUUUCAAGGUCUGUUGCAUCGACUGAUAAGAACAGUUUACGCCGUGUUUCGUUGCUGCCUGUGUCGCUUGAUGAGAAUAAGAUUGAGGUUUGCCAGGAAUCGGAGGUUGUUACAUUUGAGGUGCGCAUGAAACGUAGUGUAGGGCGGCAUCGGAGGGCACGAGGCGUGGCGGCGGCCGCCGCCACCGCAGAUGUGGAGGCUGGUGAUGAGGGGAGAACAUCAGUGGCUAAUGUUGAUGAUGUCGAGGUAGUGGAAGGGGGAGCGGUACGCAGUGUGGGGAGUGAUGGAGCAGCGCAUGGUGCGCCCAUCACAGCUCAAGAGGUUCUUUCCGCGGAUGCGUUGGAUGCUGAGGAGGCGGCUGGGCGGAAGAUGGUUGAGCGGGAUGAGGCACUGGAGCACGUGGAACACUACUUGGGCGUCCUUGACAAGUGCGAGGAAGCGGCGCGGGAUGUGUUAAAGAAGGAGGAGCAGAGUACCUCAUAUGCGCAGCUGCUGCUUUCCUUAGUGGAGCGUGAGGCGCUCGCCCGGGACGCAGUGGAGAAGGAAUACGAGGCCGCACUGGCGUGUCUCACGAGUGAAAAAGCCGCUGUGGAGGCAUCCAUUUGCCGGGAUCAGAUGAUGGCUGCUGUCGUCGAUGAGGUGGUUAACUCAGAAUUCAGUGAAAGGGCUCAGCUACAGCAUGCAGAGGGGGAGGAACGAGCUGCACUGCAUGUGGAGCAGUUGCAGCUGAUGGAGGACCACUUAAGACAACUUGUAGAGUUUGACAUGACUCAAUCGGUCGAGGCAUUGGCACGCGAACAUGCCACUAUUGUGGCAAAGCUUGAGGCCGAAGAGUCUGAAGCAGCAGCACGGCGGUUGUGGGAAGGUCUGUGCGAGGAGGAGGCACAGGAUAGAGAGCACCUACACCGCGUAGAAAAUGAAGAGAGAGAGGCUCUCUACGACACAGUCAUGGUGGAAAAGAAUUCUGUCACCCUCACGAGUGCGAUGAAGGAAUUAUGCGAAGCGGAGGGUCAUGAGCGAACCGCCAUUGUGGCCACCGAAGAGGAGGGGUACGCGUCAUUAGAGAUUAUGAAACUAAUUGGGGAUGAGAUGCUCUUACGGCAAGAAAUUAUAGCAGAGGCUGAACAUAUGCUGGACAGCAACGAAGGCAUUUUCAAUGAUCAGCACAAACUGUUGAAUGCACUGGAGAUGCUGCAGGCUGUUAAGGGUACCGAAAGGGCGGAGCGGGCUAAGCUUGUGGAGGAGGAAGUCAACGCCCGUGGGAAUGCCCUGCUUGAGGCGGAGGAAGAAGAGAUUGCGUUGAGGCGUAAAGAGAAAAUGGCUGAAAAUGUGUGUUUGGUUCUGGGUGAUGAAAUGGCGCGUCGUGACGAGAUUGUUGCUGAUGAGGAGGAGGAUAGAGUUUCUCUGGGUCGACAGCAAGCCGCGUCUCUCGUCUUGCAGCAGUCUAUUGUUGUGCUUGUUGAGUCGGAGGAGGAGGCGCGUAAGUCUAUUGGAGGCACCGAAGGGUCUGAGUUUGGAGCGCUGCAGGUGGAGACCCGCAAGGCGGCGGAGGAGGCCCUCACUGCGCAGGAAGAACGUGAGGUGGUGGAGAGGGAGGUCCAACAAACACAGCGCAGGCAGGACGCUCAGCAGUUAAUUAAAAGCGUCGUAUUUGCCUAUAGAAUUCGACGGCGUUUGGCAAACCGCCUCCUCAACCGCAAGGUGCAGGAGUACAAGAACGCCUUUGCGGAUACGCUCCGAAUGGAGUUAUGCGCGCGGAGCGCCAUUGGCGAUGAGGAGAGGUCGGAGCGGCAGCAGAUUGACGAGGCCAAAAACUCACUGCUCUCCCUUACGACGGAGUCGACCGUCCAGACGAUUGCAGAGUUGGAGACGGAGGAGGAUGACAACCGCCAUCAACUCAUUGACGACUUUAUGUUUCAUCACAGCCAGCUGCGGCGGGCCUCGCGGAAGGUGCUUGCGAAGGAGCAGGAGUCUAUGCCCACACUUAGGCAUCUGCAGGAGUUGGAGGCAAAGGAGGACCGGAUUCACUCAAAGAUGACAUCUCCCAUCGCCCAAAGAUUUAAGCUGCCCCUGAGCGACACCGGCGAGGACGGCGAGGAGGAAGAUGAGGACGAGGACGUCCCGCUAAAGACUGGGAAGUAUAAGGGCUACACGUUGGAUUCCAUAGGAACCUUCUUGCUGCAAUACGAGCAGGACCUUCGCCGCUUUAAGGCCUCGCUUGAAAAGAACAGAAUGGCGGUCGCUGCAGAGCAUGACCUGCUGAAGCGGUCCCGUGACAGCGCCACGCAGGACAUGGUGCACGGGGGAACGGAGGCCCUGUGGAUCCCGACACGCCCGCUCCCGUUAUCAGAUCUUGUACGUGGACCCUCUGCCCAGUACCGCCGCGGCCGUAUCUUGGACGCAAGAGGGAAGUCCUCUUCUUCCCACACGACGGACUCCGAUAGACGCGUCACGAUGCUCAUCGAUGGUUCCUCCUUCGACGGCACAGUAAAGCAAGGGCGUCCCUUUUGA